GAAAAUGUGAUUAGCCGGCGCGAGUCACACGUGUCAAAUGUUUAGCUGUUUAGAUUUUCAAGUGAUGAACAACUUGUCAGCUGAACUGUAGUCAGCUGGAGCUUGCCGAAAGUACGAAAGAUAUUCAGAAACAUGUUUUGGAGCGUAGUGCUACUCAUAUCGUGUGUCAAACUAUUGUUGAUUCCGGCUUACCGGUCCACAGAUUUUGAAGUUCAUCGGAAUUGGUUGGCAAUCACUCAUAGUUUACCUGUUAAGAAGUGGUACACUGAAUCAACCUCAGAAUGGACUCUAGAUUACCCUCCCCUUUUUGCUUGGUUCGAAUAUUUUUUAUCUCAAAUAGCUCAAUUCUUCGAUCCAAAAAUGCUAAUUGUUACCAACCUCAAUUAUGCUUCACCUGAAACAAUUUUAUUUCAAAGAUUAUCUGUAAUACUGGCCGAUCUUAUGUUUGCAUAUGGGACAAGAGAGUGCUGUAAAUAUGUCACAAAUAGUGGUCUUCGAAAAAGUUCUCGCUGGAACUUCCGCUGGAGUUCCCCCUCAGCAAUGCUACAGCUGCUUUUAUUAGGCAAUGCUGGUCUUUUUAUUGUUGAUCACAUUCACUUUCAAUAUAAUGGUUUCCUCUAUGGAAUACAGCUUCUUUCCAUAGCAAAGAUCCUGCAGGGUUCAUAUGUGGCUGGUGCAUUUUGGUUUGCUGUUCUCUUGAAUUUGAAGCAUAUUUACGCUUAUGUUGCACCAGCGUAUUUAGUAUAUCUCCUGAGAAAUUAUUGCUUUCCAAAUGCUCCAGCAAAUGCAUCAUUGAAGGAGUUGCAUGCUCAUUUUUCAAUGAAGAGAUUCACUGAGCUGGGAUGCACAGUGCUUGGAGUCUUUAUUGUGUCGUUUGGACCCUUCCUUUUGAUGAAUGAGAUCGGAAACGUCCUGGGUCGGCUUUUCCCAUUUAAAAGAGGCUUGUCUCAUGCCUACUGGGCACCUAACUUCUGGGCCUUAUAUAACACAGCUGAUAAAUUUGCUGCAGUUGCAGGUCAAAGGUACAAAUUAUUGAAUGUGUCUACAAAUGCAGCUAUGACUGGUGGAUUAGUUCAGGAAUUUGAACACAGUGUUUUACCUUCAAUAACACCCCGUAUGACUUUUAUGUUAUCAUUGCUAUCAAUCACGCCCGCCUUAGUUAAAUUGUGGCUGAGCCCUGGCAACCCACUCCAUUUUGUGCGAUGCCUUGUGCUUUGUGCCUUUGGUUCCUUUAUGUUUGGAUGGCAUGUACACGAAAAAGCUGUGCUCAUGCUUAUAAUUCCUUUAACAGUUUUGGCUGUUGUCUGGCGGCGAGAGGCUCAGAUCUACCUUGUAUUGUCUACAGUCGGACAUUAUUCUUUAUUCCCCCUUUUAUUUACAGCAUUUGAACUGCCAAUUAAAGUGUUAUUGCUGUUGAUUAAUGCAUUAUAUGCAUUUCUUAACUUGUCACAUCUGUUUGCACUAGACAAGCCAGCAGCAUCUUGGACUUUGCCUCUUUUAAAUAGGACUGAGUCUUUGUAUCUAGUCGGUCUUUUACCUUUGUUCCUAUUUGAGCAAGUCUUUCACCCUGCUCUUGGUUUGAGUGAUAAGUUUCCCUUCUUACCCCUAAUGAUAACUUCAGCAUACUGUGCAAUUGGAGUUUUGUAUUGUUUUGUCCAAUAUUACUGGCAUUUCAUUGGAAUGUCUGGAUCUAAUCAUAAACGAAAAACUCAUUGAAAUAAUUAUCUGAAGCUUGUUUUAGUCUCAUUUUAGUUUGUUUUUUUUUGUUAGUUUUCAAUAUGUUUGUUUUUCGUAUAUGACUUGAUCUCUGGAUUUGUUCUGAGCUUGAUCUUAUUAUUUUGUGCCAAAGUUUUCUUCUCCUGAAUGUUUUCCUUCCACUGAAACUCAUACAAUGUGAAAUGAAUUAGGUGGAUUAGGACAAUACUUCAGUACUUUGUGAAGAAAGACUCAGAAAUUUGCUCCAUGUUGGAGCAGGUGUUUGAUUUAUGAUUAAAUUGACACUUUGUUCCACUAAAGUGACUAAAUGUCUAACUUUAUUUUGUAUCCUUCUAUUUUAUUGAAAUGUGCUUUCUCUGUUUAUAAGGUUUUAAUUUCUAGUUGAUCUAAUUUCUAGAUGACUUUAGUUACUCGUUAGUUGAUUUUUACAUCAUAAACAUAUCAGAUGAAAAUGAAGUGUGUGUGUGUGUGUUUGUAUGCAUGUAUGUGUGUUUUACACUGCUGUUUUGUGUUUUACUAAUGCAAGGUUAGUUGUAGUUUUGUGUUGAAGCAAGAAAAAAAAAAGGAACUCUACUUUGCAAAUGGUGUUGAAAGUUUGCAUGCCAUCAAAACAACAAAGUGUUCAAAUUUUACAUGGUUUUGAGUGCAUGUCAGAUUCAGUCUACGACAAAUUUGAAAAAAAAAAUUGUUUACAUUUCAUAUCAUAUGUGAUAAUACACUUAAUAAGACUUAUGUGAAACUUACUGUUCAUAGUUCGUGUCAAUCUUGAGUGACAGUUGCUGACUUGAAAGGACCAACAACUAUUUGAAGUGUUAUCACUUAAUUUAUUUUUCAACUGUGGUUUAUGGCUGGAAUUGUAACUUUCCUACUGUCUUUAAGUUGAUUUUGGUGAACUUCAUGGCUUGUUUCACUAUUUGGAUGAGUGCCUAGUGCAAUUGUUUUCCAAAAUCAUGUCUGCCAGUGUCCUUUUACCAUGUUCCAGAUGGGUGUGGUUUAGUAAUAAUUUUUUUAGAUUAUAAAUGAAAGUCAUUUCUGUGAUCUGUCUGAGCUUUUGUUAAGCCAGUGAUUAGUAAGUAGAUAUGUCCUUUUUGUAAAAAUAAAUAAAGUGUAAUUAAUCUAUG